AUGUUCCACACCUUUGAAACAGCUCAGUAUACCACCCCCGAGCAGACAGAUUCCAACGCAAGUCCCGUCACCAAAAGGAGGACCUCCACUGUCAGAGCUUGCGAGCCUUGCCGGCGGCGCAAAAUCCGAUGCAAUGGUGAGUAUCCUUGUGAGACUUGCCAGUGGUAUAGGAAGGCCACCUCUUGUCACUAUACCGAGCCCAGACAGCGACAGGUGCCCUCUAGGAGUAGAUCAGUUGAGAAGAUCUCCCACACCCUUCAGGAGUAUCGGGCUAUCCUUCAGAGGCUCUUCCCAGAAGCCCACCCGGAGCAACUCAAAGAUCUUCCACGUGAAAAACUUAUUGAGCUCGUCUCAAAGAGCUGCGCCUUCCAUCCUCCCUCUCCUCGCACCCCUAGUGUGGAAGAAAAGUCGCCUACGGUCGAUCCUGAUGCGGUGAGCCUGGAACGAUUCCAACCAAUGCCUGAAGAGCAUGAUGAUGAGUUCAUCCACACGCCUGAUGCUGUGAAGGGAUUUACAGAUGAGGUCAACUUGUUAUCUGUGUGUUAUAAGCAGAAAACUUCCUAUCUCGGCAUCUCCUCCAUCGUCGCCGUCUUGCGAGUUAUUGCCUGGCUUGAUCCAGAGUGUCUGGCCGAAACUGCCGAAGGACGCGCCGGCCCUUCGUGCGAAGCCUCGGAACGUCCCGGAACCAGUGCGCCUCACCCGAAUACUGUUUCCUCAUCGCCCUGGGACGAAAUCCGUAUGAUCAACGCGUACUUCACCUAUGUCCACCCAUUUCUUCCUCUGAUUGAGGAGCAGAAAUUCAGAGACACGUACAUGACUGCUCAAAGAACGGACUCUAGAUGGCUCUUGCUUGUGAACGCCGUGUUGGCUAUGGGUUGCGUGGCUGCUGGGACGUCUCAUGACACCGCACACCAGGUAUACUUUGCUCGCGCCAAACAACAUCUUAACAUCGACACUCUGGACUCUCCCCACCUUGAGACCGUGCAAGCAUUUGCCAUCCUGGGUGGCGUGUACCUCCAGUAUGUGCAGUUGCCCAAUCAGGCCAAUUCCUUGAUGGGUGUGACGCUCAGAGUGGCCACCAUGUUGGGCUUGCAUCGCGACUACAGCGAAGGUGUCGGCUCCGCAAAGGUCCAGACAGCGGCGUCCUCUAUUGAGAUGAGGCGGAGAAUCUGGUGGUGCGCAUUCAUGGUUGAUGCCUGGGCGGGCUAUGUAUUGGGACGGCCCAGCAUGGGGCGAAUGGGCCAUGCAAUCACGGCAAAGCCUCCUCAAGAGCCGAUCGGAGAAUCACCAAGCCUGCUGGCACUGGUGCAAGAAAAUGUUCGGUUCUGCCUCAUCAGCACAAGGAUGGAAGACGCCCUUGCAAUUUCUCCGCUGCUCGAGGAACAUGAACGCCACGCCUUCGACGCCCUCUACAUCGAAUGGUACAAACAUUCGUCAGUACAAGAUCAACCAACCGAACCGGACCCAAACGAAUCAGCUGGAGUUACUGUACUGAAAAACGUGAUGAGGUGGCGCUACCUUCAUCAUCGAACCAUCCUUCACCGUCCGGUCCUGUUGUGGUACGCAAUGCGCAAGAUUUCCCCGGAUAAAUUAUCCCGCGAAAAGAAGUCUACUAUUGAGCUCUGUCGCAAAAUCUGCGCCGAUCUUAUCCACGAUAUUGCAACCACCUGGCGAGGUCAAGGACCAUGUCAGAUGUCGGGCUGGCAUGCCGCUUGGCUCCUGUAUCAGACAACAAUGGUGCCCCUCCUUUCGCUUUACUCGGAUUCAUUCGACACGAGGGUUCUCACAAGCAGCCGACAGCAAGUCGAGACAGCAAUCCAGGUGUUGAAAGAUCUGCAGCCCUGGUCUACGGCAGCGAGGCGCUCGUCGGAGGUCAUCACCCGGCUGUAUGAAGCGAGUAAAAGGCACGCUCCAUCACCCGAAGAACCUCGAGAUGGUGGUCGUCCAAAUGGUAUGGCAAGUCUUGCGCCAGCCGCGAGUCAUCCACCUCAACAGUCGUCAACGGGCGAUUUCGGCUCUACAUACAUCGACGUUCCGUUUGCCAAUCCCUACGGUGGUUCGCGAAUUCUAAAUCCAGCCAGCCAGGAGAUGUUCAUGGACAAUAUGUUUGACGGUUUAAAAUGGGGCAAUGGUUUGGACAGCCCGACCGGUGGGUCGCAAAUGGUACAUGGUUGGGAUUUUGAUCCCAUGCAAAAUUGGGCUGGUAUUCCCCAAGCGGAUGAUGGCUUCGACCUUGGUUUUUCUGCCCACCUCGGCCAUUUGGGCUUUGACGUGGGCACGCAUACGCAUACGCACACCAAUAACCCUACGAACCACAUGAGUGGUCUUUACGGAAAUAUAAACAUGAACCAACGGCACCUAUCGGGAUAG